AUGAUGAACCAUCUCAGCUAUCUUGGAUCAGAUUACUCUGAGUUUGUUAAAUAUGAUCCUAGUGGAAGAUAUGGCAGAUACAGUGAAGUUCUUGGUAAAGGAUCUUCAAAGACAGUUUACAGAGGAUUUGAUGAGUAUGAAGGUAUAGAAGUAGCAUGGAACCAAGUAAAGCUCUAUGACAUUUUGCAUAGUCCUCAAGAGCUUGAGAGGCUCUACAGUGAGAUCGAUCUCCUCAUAAGAGCAUUAUGA